CCGUUUAAAGGGGGUGCUUGGAGCUGCUGCUCAGACGGCUGCAGCCCAGGGCAGGUUGAGCAGGGAGCUGCGAGGAUGGGGGCGCUCCAGUGGGCUCUGCUCGUCGCACUGUGGAGCUCGGUCGCAGGAGAACGCUGCAAAGUGUUAAGCAAAAUCCCUGAAUUUGGAGAUAUCUACCAUGUCAAAGGAGUCAUCAGCCUGCCUUACGCCGAAAUCGAGGAGCCCUUCGAAGCCUGGUACAACCUGAGCGGAGGAAAGAGCCGGAUUCAGUACUACCACGGGCAGGUGAUAACUUACCAGUUGGGAUCGGUGAAGCCGUACGGUACCAGCUACAAGAUUACGCCGGAAACUACUGAGACGGAGGUGAACGUCUUGAAGUGCUUCCAGCUCAAUGGCACGAAAGAGAAGCUGGUCAAGCCGCAGAGCGUCUUUCCCCACACACAUGGCUUCAAGUUCCUGCGGGAGGAGUACUUCAAAGGGCAGUACUGCAGCGUGUGGCAGGAUGUGACCGACUGGGGCAAGAAGAAGAACAUCUACACCUUGUGGGUGACCAACACCAGCUGCGGCUCGUCCCCCGUCCACUAUGAGAUGCGGGGUUACAACAGCGUGCUGGGCUCCCACUACGACAAAUACGAGAUCGACUACAGCGACUUCACCAACAGCUACCCGGCCUCUGUCUUCGACCUCCCCAUCAACAGAACGAAGUCCUGUGGGGAGCUCCCCGGGCUGGGAGCAGAGCGCUGGAUCCUGGCCAACCCCAUGCAGGACUUUGUGGGGCGGCAGGAGGACCGGUCCCACGAGGUGUUCCACCACUACCGGAAGUCAUUCGAGAAGAGCUACGACAGCGAGCAGGAGAUGGAGCACAGGCAGCACACCUUCACCCACAACAUGAGGUUCGUCCACUCCAAGAAUCGGGCCAACUUGUCCUACAAGCUGGCGCUGAACCACCUGGCUGACCGCACCCCGGAGGAGAUGGCCGUGCUGCGGGGGCGACUAAAGAACGGGACUCCCAACAACGGGCAGCCGUUCCCAUCGGAGUUGUACACUGGCCUCAUCCUGCCCGAGAUCCUGGACUGGAGGCUGUACGGCGCGGUGACCCCAGUGAAGGACCAGGCCGUGUGCGGCUCCUGCUGGAGCUUUGCAGCCACCGGGGCGAUGGAGGGCGCCCUGUUCCUCAAGACCGGAGUGGUGACCCCGCUGUCCCAGCAAGUCCUGAUCGACUGCUCCUGGGGCUUCGGGAACUACGGCUGCGACGGCGGCGAGGAGUGGAGUGCAUACGAGUGGAUCAAGAAGCACGGAGGCAUCGCCAGCACCGAUUCCUAUGGCCCGUACAAAGGCCAGAACGGCUUGUGCCACUACAACAAGUCCGAGCUGGUGGGCAAAAUGAAAGGCUACGUCAACGUCACCUCGGGUAACAUCACGGCCCUGAAAGCCGCCAUCUACAAGAACGGCCCCGUGGCCGUCAGCAUCGAUGCCUCCAAGCGGUCCUUCUCCUUCUACUCCAACGGCGUCUACUAUGAACCCAAGUGUGGUAACCAGAGAGGUGACUUGGACCAUGCGGUCUUGGCUGUCGGCUACGGUGUGCUCCAAGGGGAGCUGUACUGGCUGGUGAAGAACUCCUGGUCCACCUACUGGGGUAACGACGGCUACAUCCUCAUGUCCAUGAAAGACAACAAUUGCGGGGUAGCCACGGACGCCACCUACCCCAUCCUGGAGUGACCCCCGGCGCCAAACCAGGCUGGGCUCACCUACACCAUCCUCGUCCCACCCACAAGGGUCACCGGGCCUGGGCUGUUGCUUUGCAGGCCGGUGUGGAUUUCAUCCUAGCAGAGACACCCACUGGAGAAGCGAAUGUAUAUGGUCCCCGUGCCUCGGCCCUCGUCAGGAGCAAAUCGGUUCCUCGGAACCUCACGGCACUAAGCCCCUGAGUGAAAGGGAAAGCAGCCACUCAGGGGGAGGAUGGUGGGAACAUACCAUAGCAAUCAAGGUGGGGUGGUAAUUUGGGGAGGGGGAGAGGUGUGAAAAAAGGGGCUGCCUGUACUGUCCCCCUAGGAUGGCUGCCUGGCUACCAAGCAGCCCAAAGAAGCCCACAGGGACGCAGAGGAAGUUGCUCGCGUCGCUGCUGGCAAUAAAGUCCCUGGGAAAGUGCUGUCUCUCUUUUAAACCAGCUGGGCGAAUUAAAGUGCACUUGCUUCACAAGGC